GGGUAACCGGGACCGGUUCAUUGUUUGGGGGGAAACAUUAAAAGGAUAUAGUAUUAUUUUCAUAUAGGUCACUGCCAAAGCCCCGUCCUCAUCCCCCAGAAAUGUUUCAUAUACAGCCCAUAUGGUUUUGAGCCAACAGACGAAAGAAGAAAUGAAUUGAUUAUCAUCACGAUGAAGAAGAUUGGUUGGUUUAGACUACAUUAUUGGCAAAUGAAUGUCCCACUAUUUGAUAAGCUAUCUGGAGUGGCCUACGUGUUUUACUAAAACAUCUUGUUCUUUCAGAAAACAUAUAAAUAAGGAAGGAGUUAGCCAACUACAGACGAGGCAAGGAUAAAACAUUAGAACACACAGGUCUGUGGCAUGCAGAAUACGAAAAGAACAAAGCUAUGACAUUGUUGCUUUCUACGGUCAAGGACAACGGGUUUCAAUAUUGGCUGAAAGGAGCUCUUGCAGUGCUCUUCACUAAACAGGGCCUAGAAGAAUUCGUCACUGUUGAAUUAACACAGUUCCAAAAAGACCUAUUGGCAUCAAUUUUCAAAAGCAAGAACAUAUCUCCUGGUACAGUCUGUAACUCAUGCACAACUGAAAAUACACUGCCAUGCCCUACAGCAAAUUUCUGUCCAAGAGGAAGAAACUGUAACUUACACGACAAUAUUCUGCCAAACAAAAGUCCAAACAGACCGUGCCCAAAUAAGAUAUGUCAACAUAUCCGUGAUGAGAUUCGCCGAGAACACAGGUACAACGUCCCUUCCUGGAAAAAUACGGACGCAACUGGAUGGUGUACCGAUGCAUUUCAAAUUGGCAAAUGUUAUAUGCCACCGGAUGGAUAUUACUCAGUGACAAGUUUUCAGGAGACUGACUUCAAUGGCAUUCUUUCCAUUACCAUCAACAAUAAACGUUUUGAACAUAAAAUGCAUGCCGAUUUCGACGAUAGAAGUAGCCCAAACGUUUGCACCGAGGCACGAGAAGUAGGUCGGCUGAUACGACAUGCCGCGGAUAUGUCCAUCUCUAAAACGGAGUUGUCCAGAUACAUCGACAUUCUGAUUGAUCUUCUGUCAGACGGAAUCUACUUAGCAAAUGAUCCAAAUGCAAAGGCGGCUGUUGAUAAACUGAAUCAGUUGAAAGCCAACACACUUACCAUUACUACUGCUGACAUAUCAAGAAUUCUUGAUGAGGAAUUUAAAGCAUCUGUAGAAAAGCAACGAGAAAAUGCUUUACAGGCAAUCAACCUGGAAAGAGAGGAAGCCAACAAAAAGUUCCUGGAUGAUGUUAAAGAUUCAUUAGACGGCCUGCGGGCAAUAACCGUUACUAAACUAGAUGAAAUUAUUGCAAAGAAAGUAGAUGAAUUCAAGAAGACUACAGAUACUGAGAAAAAAGAUCUAACAGAGAUUAUUGAAAAAGGAAAACAGCAAAUUCAAAAAGCCAUUCUUAAAGGAAAAGACCAGAUACAAGCAGGGGUUAUGGAUAGAACUGCAGAACAAAAUGAAUUACGAAAAUAUUUGAAGGAUGACCUCAUCAAUUUCUACCGGAAAUACCAUAGCACAAUCUCCAUAUCUCCUAUUGUAGAGGAAAAUGAUGUUCCUAUUGCUGAUUUUUAUGUGGAACCAUCCUUUAAUUCAAUUGAUAUACAGAGAAAAUUUGGAAGAAUCGAAGAGCCAUACACCAAAAAGAAAUUAAAGUUAUUUAGCGAUGUUGUCCGGCAAACUGAUGGGAAAUUAUACAAAGAUAUCUACAUUACGGCAAAGGCAGGCAUUGGUAAAACAUCUUUUGUAAAGAACAUCUGCAUGAUUUGGUGCCAGGCUCACGGACCGGUAGAAGAAAUAGAACAGAAAUUCAAUCCAGAGGAUGUACACACAAUGAAAACAUUUGAAUUUAUGUUUAUGAUUUCUUUGAGGGACAUUGACAAUUCGAUAUGUAAAGUUGAUGAUAUGGUUUACAGUCAAAUCAUCAACUGUCUUGCACGAUCCAGACGGUAUGACGAACUAUUUCUAGAGGAUAUUCUACAAGACAGGCUAUGCUUGGUUAUAUUGGAUGGACUAGAUGAAUGGUCUCAUCCUGAAAGCUGCAAAAUCGGCCAAAAGAAUGAACAUAAGUUGCCACACAGAUCUGCUAGGGAAAACUGUACAAUCUUGACAACAACACGACCAUGGAAACUGGACGUCCUUAAUCUGAGCACAACUCAGAUAGAUAGACAUGUGGAAAUGACGACGUUGGAUCGUACGUCUUCUAGACAGUUAAUAUCGAACGCAGUGGCGUUACUGAAUAGAAACAGCUUAUCUCUGCAGCCUAAGACAGUUGAGGACUUUCUUGCAACAUUGUCAACAAUGAAACGUAGCACUGUAAACAAUAUCCCGUUCAUCAUUUUACAAAGGGUAUGUCUAUGGUUUGACGGCGAAUCGGUAGGACAAUCAAGAUGUGAAAUCUAUAGCAACAUACUAGAGCUCACGCUUUCAAGAGGACUAAUGAAAUUAGGCAAACGGUACUGGAGCUCAGAGAGAAGACACAGUUCAGAUGACACAAAAUUCCCCAGUUGCCUGUUGUCUAAUGAUUUAUGCAGAUCUCAUUAUGAUCUAAUACUCAGUUUGGGAAGAGUAGCGUUUGAAACUUUGUUCUGCCCGGAAAGGGAAUCGAGCAUUGUUUUUGAUGCAAAAGUUGUCCUCGACAAAAUUCCCGAAUACUCUCUUACAUUUUGUUUGAAAGUAGGUUUGCUUUCACAGAAUAGAGAUUAUCGACAAGUAUCAAAAAGACGAAGAACAGUUUCAUUUCAACACAAGUCCGUUCAGGAAUUUUUAGCUGCCUUAUACAUACAGUCAGACCCUGACAAUAGGGAGAUAAAGGACAUGAUUUCAAACGUAUGUUGUACAUUACCAGGUAUAUUACAGAUGUCAAACACUCUUGUGUUUUUGGGUGGUUUUAGUUCUUCGGCAUGUGGGAAGACCUUACAGCACUUACGACAUUUUGUUUCAAAUGACGAAAAUGUCAACUUCUAUCGGGAAAUCCUACAGAUUAGAGAAUUUGGUUUAUUUAAAUUGAGGAAAACAAAAAAAGUGGUAAGAUCUUUCCAGACUUUACAAGCGGACAUAGUGCAAGAAAUCCAAAGCUCUGGGCAAAAGGAGUUUCCAUUACCUAUUGAAGAUAUUAUCAUUGAAAAAGCUUCUGAUAAGACAUCGCACCAGUUCCUUAAGAUUCUCGUAGAAAACAACAGUGACAAUAUCAAAUCGUUAUGUCUGCGAGAUGUGACAUGUACAGAGGCGUUUACAGACAUUCUUCAAACUGUAGGUCUAUAUAAGUUAAACAAUCUACAAAAAUUAGCAAUAGUUGCCGCCCCUCGAUCGGAUGAUCUACUCAAAUUAUUGUCGAAUUCAGUAAAUACAUUGAAAUACUUGCGGCUUACUUUCGUUGAAUUUCGGGACAAUCUCUAUCAUGCUAAAGACACAACGCUGUCGACCGAUAUUGUACGUACAUUAUGUCGCAUUGAGCAAUUAAAAGCACUUACACUUAAUAACAUUCGCCUCACACACAACGAUGUCAAACAGUUAUUCGAAACUGCAUGCAAAAGAAACCUCAUGACCGAGAUUGGGCUGUAUAACGUCACCUGCACCGAUCAUGAAAGUGAGUGUUGCGGAGAGAUCCUUGACCUGUCACAACAUCAGUACCUCAAGCACCUUAGCCUAGAUUCAAUACCUGUGACAGAACUUCGUGUCAAUACAACGUCAUUAUAUGAAUGUUUGAUUGGAGAAGAUAGGAAUUCAGUGUUUCCGCCAUGGAAUGAGUGUCUAAAGAGUUCACCAAACCUUUAUUCACUGUACUUCCGCCGAAUGACACCAGCAUUGCUACACACUCUGGCGGCAACUUUACCACACUUAUCAAACCUGAGGAAGUUUAGUAUUGAGUUAACAAAUCUUGGAGAUACGGAUCUGAUUCUUUCACCGGAGACAAAAAUCAAAUCGGUAUACUUAUAUAGAGUGGAUAUGUCGUCUAAGGUCCUCCGACGAUUGGCUGAGAGUGCUGCAGAAUUGCCCCACCCUGUCAAAGUAACACUUGAAUGGUGUACGGUUACACCUUUGGAAGAGUACAGUCUAGUUAAAGAUUACAUCUGUUCAUCUUCAAAAUACACAGUUAAGUCAAAUGGAUCAAAAUCCAGAGCAUAUGAUCAUUUUGAAUUUGAAAAUAUUGUUGACAUAAAAUAAGCGACAAGCUUAAGAUGAGUUCAAAUCAUGAUGUUCAGUUAACAUUCGUGGACAUUUAAUCAUACAGAAGCUUCUUUAUUUAAAAGCAAGUCAUACAAUUAAUGAUAUACUGUGUCGUUUGAAUAUCAGAUUUCAUUUAAAUGUUUUGAACUACUUACAACCGAUAAAAAACUGCCUGAAAACAAGACUGGUAGACGGUUAAGUGUCAUAUGUGUAUAUUGAAAUGGAUUCAAAAAUAAACGGUGCCGAUAUAGAGAGAUAUCAUUAAUUAUUGCAAAACCAUAAAAUUCUUUUACUAGAUGUCAAGAGUGAUAUUGAUGGCACUAAAUCUCUCACAUGUGUAGCGUAUGUUGUAUAUUAUUGAUUGAGUGUUCCAUAUAGCUAUGCAUGAAUAUAUUGGGGAACUACGUUCCCUGGUAAUAGUUUCUUUCGAAGGAACAUGUAUAGUCUUGAGAUCUUGCAGAAGAAGAUUGCCUGGCAAGUAUUUCUAUGGAUAGCAUGGCGCUUCCAUGUUGCAUAUAGAGUAUAACAGUAUUCUUAAAAAGGACAGUUUAAGAUCUACCUAUAGUAAAUCAAUGUAGAUUAGUUUAUAACUAUGCUGUGUUAUAACAUCAUGUCAUAAUGAUAUUGUAUUGGUUUUGUUUAAACUGCAUGGACUGUUCCAAAGCUCUGAGAAUAAAUGUUUUCUAAAAUGG